CCUCCUUAAUCGUAAACGUGAGAUAAUUCGAAAGGUGGUUAUUCGACGAGUCAAAAUAGAGCCGUACAGCGAUUUCGUGAGAAACCAUCUUGUGAGUGGUGCCCUCUGAGGGAGGUUAGGGUAAGCCGGUGUUCCAGACCAGUUGAUAAACACGUUACAUAAAAAAAUUGAUGCGGCUAUAUACAGCUGUGGUAUUAAAGAUGUCUGGGAGGGACUCAGCUUCACGCAGUCAGUGAGAACUGUCAGUGGGAGAAAGACGGAAGUUCGAUAAGCAGAGAAAGAGAGAGAGAUCGAGGAAAGAACUUGACGUACAUUUCGUCUGAGUUCGUGUACGAAUAACCGGGGAAAGGAGAGUGGGAAGGGGGGAGAGCCACAAGUUGACUGACGUUAUAAGUUCAGUUUCGUGAAUAAGUUGCCAGCGGUCGGUGAUGACUUUUAACGGUGGCUGAAACUAAAAUAAUUCGAUUUACAACGAAUGUCAAUAUUUUACAGUCCAAAUGAACGGGAAAAUGGCAACGAACAACUUCGCUGAACUCGUUCAGCACACGAGGGACGCCUUUUUCAGCGGAAAAACCCGCCCCCUCGAAUUUCGUAUUAAACAAUUGAAAUUGUUGCACAAGAUGCUCGAAGAAAACACGGGAGAGAUAAACUCGGCACUGAGUGCAGAUCUGCGAAGGAGUAAAUUCGAGAACACCGUACUGGAGAUCGAUUAUUGUGUAAACGACAUAAAAAGCACGCUGAUGCACAUCAAGGAAUGGGCGGCUACAGAAAAGCCUCCCAAAGAUUUAGUAAACAUACUCGACUCCGUCGAAAUACACAAAGAUCCUUAUGGCGUCGUGCUAAUUAUUGGAGCCUGGAAUUAUCCUCUCCAAUUGUGCAUCGUGCCCAUGAUGAGCGCCAUGGCCGCCGGAAAUUGCGUUAUCCUCAAACCAUCCGAAGUUUCACAGUCAACAGCGGCCCUUCUCAGUCGACUUAUUCCCAAGUAUUUGGACAAUGAAUGUUAUCACGUGGUUUUGGGCGGCGUGCCCGAAACGACGGAACUGUUGAAGCAAAGAUUCGAUUACAUAUUUUACACGGGGUCAACGAACGUCGGUAGAAUCGUUCGGGAAGCUGCCAACAAAUAUUUAACACCUGUGACUUUGGAAUUGGGUGGGAAGAGCCCGGUGUACAUCGACAGCACGGCUGACAUAGAAGUGACUGCGAAACGCAUACUGUGGGGAAAAUUCAUAAAUGUUGGACAAACUUGCAUCGCGCCAGACUACGUUUUGUGUAACUCCGAAGUCCAAUCAAAAUUCGUUAAGCAUGCUGAAAAAUUAAUCAAAGAAUGGUACGGUGAGAAUCCGAAGGAAAGCAACGACCUCUGUCGCAUCGUGUCGACGAAUCAUUUCAAUCGCUUGGUCACAUUUUUGUCCGGAAAUGGCAAAGUUGCAAUUGGCGGUGACACGGAUGCGAGAGAAAAGUAUAUUUCGCCGACGAUUCUGGUCGACGUGAAGCCCUCCGAUCCCGUUAUGAAAGAGGAAAUAUUCGGCCCGAUUUUACCAAUCGUUAAUGUCAGUAGCGCUUACGAGGCGAUCAAUUUUAUCAACGAACGAGAGUGCCCCCUCACAAUGUACAUAUUUACCAAGGAUAAAGCAGUCCAACAAUUGAUUGUAAGUCAAACCCGAAGCGGUGCGGUCUGCGUCAACGAUACGCUGAUGCAGUAUGCUGUUGACGCGCUGCCCUUCGGAGGCGUUGGAUCCUCAGGAAUGGGAGCGUAUCACGGAAAGGAGAGUUACGAUACUUUCGUUCAUCGUAAGGGUUGUCUCGUCAAGGACUUCAAUCCGAUCGGCGAAAAAUUAGCGUCAUGUCGCUAUCCGCCGUACUCCGAUCGGAAGCUGUCGAUCCUGAAACUACUGUUGGCCAAGAGGCCGGACAUACCGGGGGUCCGUUUCUUGCCUCACGUCAUCAUGUUCGGCUUGGGUAUUCUCGCGACAAUUGGUUUCCGAGCCGCGAUGAAGGAACACGGCGGUCCGGAACAACAAUCUUAAAUCUUUGUUGUGCGUUUACCCAAAAACGCAGCGACGCUCCGGUCUUGAAAGAACGAAAUUUGCGUUAGCGGAAUUUCCGCGUAGAUUGUAUAUUUUUAACAUUUUUAUUAAACGCCUACCAUGUUGUUACAAUUUUCAAAAAAACUUUUGUUUUGUUUUUCCUUUAGUUUUGUAUCUUUAUAUUGUUUUUGCGGAAAAAGAACAAGGCGAAAUAAAACAAUGGAAUAUGUCACGCUACGUCAAUGCACUUUGUAAAAUAUUCCAUGAAAAUGGUUGUUCAAUAAAUGUACGUUGUCUAAGUUAUGUUCGCAUAUCCUCGAAGCAUCACAAUUUUUAUAAAUAUACUUUUUUCAACAUCAA